AUGCUGACAAGGAGCGAGAAUGGCGAUUGUGACCGGGGAGAUCGGUACCUCGAGAAGUUGGUGCACUUCGUGGAGGACCAGGCGGGACCUCUGAUCGAAGGAGCCUUGGUGUUGAAGCUGAAUCCAGCGGGUCUUCACUACGUCCAAACGAGGCUGGAGGCGCUGCACGAGUUGGAAAGCCUCCUUUCCGGCGCUCCGGUGGACUACCUCCGAGCGUACGUGUCGGACCUCGGUGACCACCGCGCUCUGGAGCAGCUCCGUCGAAUCCUGCGCCUCCUCACCUCGCUGAAGGUCGUUUCGGUGCUGCCUCAUCCAAUCAGGGAUCCAACGCCCUUGUCGUUUCUUCCGUUAGGGUGCUUGAAGGUUCUCGAACUCAGAGGUUGCGACUUGUCAACUUCCGCCGCCAAAGGCUUGCUCGAGCUCCGCCACACACUCGAGAAGAUCGUUUGUCACAACUCUACCGAUGCUCUGCGGCACGUGUUUGCUAGCAGGAUAACGGAGGUGAAGAAGUCUCCGCAGUGGAACCGCUUGUCUUUUGUGUCAUGUGCGUGUAAUGGCUUGGUUCUCAUGGACGAGUCUCUGCAGCUUCUUCCCGCGGUUGAAACACUUGACCUCAGUAGGAACAAGUUUGCAAAGGUGGAUAAAAACUUAAAAAAUAAAUAACGUAAAAAUUUAAAUACAAAAUAA